AAGAGCUUGAAGUGGGUGUUGUCAUCUCCAGACUUAAAGGGGAAGGAAACAAUUUCAUCAGAUCGCUUGGUUUAGCAAGAGACAGAGUUUAAAAAAGAACUCUUCAUCAUAGAUUAUAUAAAGAAGUGAAAACAUGGACUUUAAUUUCGGACAUUUAUUGCUGAUUCUACUACUACUCAUUCCAGGACACAGGUCACUGGACCGUUUCCCUGUGACCUGUGAGAAACAGAACAUUUGUGCUUUGAUUGAGACUCAGGUGACACUGAAAUGCUCUUAUUCAAACAUGAACAUCAAAACUGUGUUCUGGUUCAGUCAGAAACAGAGUACAAACUGGAGAUACAAAGAUGAACCUGAAGAUUUGACUGUAGACUCUGAUUACUCAGGACGUGUGAAACAUCAGAUCACAAACACACAUUCAACACUCAUAAUUUCAGAUCUAAGAGAGAGAGACUCUGGAGAAUAUCACCUCAUGUUCAUUAUGAAGGAUGGAGUUAAACAUCUCAGCUCAUCAGCAGUCAAUCUGACAGUCACAGUCCUGCAGGUGAAAAUUAAUCCUCAAUCAACAGAGCAGAGAAAUCAGACAGAACUUGAUCUGUCCUGUGAUACUUCCUGCACUUUGACCUCCAUACCUCAGAAGUACUACUGGAAACAAAAUGGGCGAUAUAUAACAGAUAAUCAUUCCAGAAACAUCAAAGUGCAAUCCAGUGAAGAUCCUGUCAGCUAUUCCUGUUUUCUUUCUCCUGACUUUAAAAAUACCUCAUCUCCCGUGUGCAUUUCUAAGAGUAAGUGCUGGAAUGUGACUUACACCUCUACAAGAGUCUGUGCUUUGGUUGGCUCAACAGUAGACAUUCCCUCUUUAUACUCACAUCCAGCUGGUUAUACAGUAAUUCAAGCAUUCUGGUAUUACGUUCAGCCUGGGGAUUUCCUGGACCUGCGUAAAGAAUCGUGGCUUGUUGGUCGUGUGGAGUAUUUGGGGAACACACUGAGAAUCAAAGACGUCAAGAUGAGCGACUCUAGAGAAUAUGGAUUCAGGAUCAUCACUAACAGAAAUUCUCACAGUGGUUCACCUGGAGUUAUUCUUACUGUCACAGAUACGCAGGUGACAAGCAGCCCAGCCACAGUAUCAGAGGGAGAGAAAGUGAUAUUAAGCUGUUCAACCAAAUGCACUCUGAAUAUACAUCAUACUUAUGUUUGGUACAAGAAUGGACAACAGGUAACAGAUGGAGUCACAAAAUUAAACAAGUUGUACCUGGACUCAGUCAUCAAAGAGGAGCUUCAAGAAUAUUCCUGUGAUGCAGGAGAUUUCUCUACGAAGCCAAUGGACAGAAGUGCGUUUGGACAUUAUACUGUCACUCUGUUGGUGUUUUUACCCCAGUUUCUAUUAAUAGCAGCUCUGUGGAUGUGGUUUUUCCACAGCAAGAAAAAGGUAUCGCAAAACCGAAUUGACAGAGACAGAAAUUAUGAGAAUGUGGCGUUUCACAUGACUGCUGUGUCUCCAUCAGAACUGGUGCAGUGAUGUCAUUGUGUGCCAAUUUUAAAGUCUCAUAUCAGUCACAACUGUUAUUUUGAGAUCAUCACCUAGCAACAGUCAUCAAUGACGCAGUGAUGUCAUAUACAGUAGAAUUAAUGCAGAAUGCUCAUGUACUUUACUUAGAACUUAAUGUGUAGACUGUAUACAUAUUCAAAAUGUGUUCUGUACAUAAUUUCAGCCUUAGGUGUGAUAUCUAUUCUUGGAUUAUUAAAUUGUAUACUUAAGAAAAUGAAGAUUAAAGAUUGAAAAUCCAA